UUGCCACAAGGAUGUCGCCGUGGAUGACAUUUCACAAUAUGACGACUCCUUCGCCGUUCCUCCUUGCCAAUGUGUACACAGCCGGCGGCGCUGUCACGGCACCUUCGACCAGAAAGGGAUCCGAUGACGUCGAGACGAUCUCAUGCAAGGACCUGCUCCACCAAGCGGCCGCCAUCGCACAGUUCUUGCCCGACACGCCAGGCGCGUCGAUUGCGUUCUUUGCCCACCGCAAUCUCGACUACCUGCGCUGCCAGUGGGCCAUUUGGCUCGCCAACCACAUCGCCGUGCCGCUGUCUCCCCACAACACCCUUCGAGAGCGCAGCUACAUCCUCCAAGACUCGUGCACGUCGCUCGUGCUGUGCCGGCCGUCGGACCAAACGCUGUUGGAACGCAUCUCCACCGCCGUCGCCGUGAUCGACUUGGACACAACUGCAGCGAUCUGGAACACCAGCGUGACCGACAUGACUCCGUGGCUCACAAAGACCACGGACCACGACGCCAUGCUCAUGUACACGAGCGGCACGACGGGCUUCCCCAAAGGCGUGUUGUCCACGCAUUCGAGCUUGAUGGCUCAAAUGACAGACCUGACCACGGCUUGGGCUCUUGGUCCGUGCGACCGCGUACUACACUUCCUUCCGUUGCAUCACACACACGGCAUCCUCAACAACCUGAACGCGCCGCUCUUUGCCGGCGCGCACGUCGAGUGCCUGGCUUCUGCGUCGGCGGAUGCCAUUUGGGCGGCGCUGUCGCGAGACACAGCGCUGCCGUCCGUGUCGGUGCUCAUGGCCGUGCCAAGCAUAUACAUGCUCCUGCUCGAAGCGUUCGCGAAGAUGGAGCCAGAAGCGCAAAAAGUUGCCGUCGCCGGCGCCAAGCGGCUACGAGUGGCCAUCAGUGGAUCCAUGGCGUGUCCCAUCUCUAUAUUGACGCGGUGGGAAGCAUUGACAGGCACGUCGUUGCUGGAACGAUAUGGCAUGACCGAGUGCGGCAUGGCACUGGGCAAUCCCCUUGUGGGGACGCGCCAUGUGGGGUAUGUGGGCCAGCCGUUCCCAAGUGUCCAAGCGCGCGUUGUCCAGGACGGCGAACUUCAAGUGCGCGGACCGACCUUGUUCAAAGCGUACUGGAACCGCCCCGACGAAACUCAAAGCGAGUGGACGACCGACGGGUGGUUCAAAACGGGUGACGUGGCAGAAUACAAUGCGACGUUUGCCAGCUACCGCAUUUUGGGUCGUGCCAGCGUGGACAUUUUAAAGGUCGGUCUAUAUAGAAUGAGCUCAUCGCACUGACGAUCUUGGUGUAGAGUGCCGGAUACAAAGUGUCGGCACUUGAGAUCGAGCGCGUCAUCUUGGAGCACCCCCAAGUGCGCGAAUGCGCCGUGUAUGGCGUCCCCGACGACACGUGGGGGCAGAUCGUCGCGUCGGUCGUGCGACUCGAUGCUGGCACUUCAGGGAUUGAACAAUUGGAGCCGCCGUUGGUCGAGUUUCUCAAGUUGAAUUUGGCCAAGUACAAAAUUCCGCGGAUAUUUCAUGUCGUCGACGCCAUCCCCAAGAACGCCAUGGGAAAAGUCAACAAGAAGAGUCUCCCGUCAUUGUUUGAUGUUCAAGCACCUUAAGCACCGUCAAAUAUAUC